AUGGCCUUCAACAAGCUCGUUUUAUACAUUGCCAACUAUAUAAGCGUCUUCUUGCUAUGCACGGUUAAGAAGCUGGUAUACCUUAUUGCAGGAUCCGUUAUGCUUCCUGGAAGCUCAGAAGGUGGUUCAAAACCAAAAUCGUUCUCGAUCGCGCUUUCAACCGACUCUUCUCGCCGUUCGACGCCCACCGCUUCGUCCCAGAAACCAGCAGCAUUUGGAACAAAAGCCCUCUCUAGCAGAACCCGGAAAUUCGGUGACCAUGAUUCAGCUAGUGAAGAUGAGGCAGGUCCGAUAUCUGAAGAAGUCACUGGAUUCGACCAUCAGGCUGGCGGCGCGAUAGUUAGCAAUAAACGAAUAAAAACAGAAAAGGAGCCCUUGACUAUCAAGAUCGAGACACGAAACAAGUGGAGAGACAAGCUACAGGCGCGGACUCAGAAUGCACGACGAAGUUUGCUACCUGCCGAAGUACAGGCUCAGAGGCGAAGAGAGGCAAAUGGAACCACCGAUGCGACAGCAGAGGUCGAUGCACCGGAGGUGAAAUUUGGUUUGAGCUAUGCGGAGCCUCAUGCAGAGGCGGUAAACAACUCCGCGACAUCAGGGGAUCUGGAGAAGAACGGAAGUUCACCUGUUGAAGUAUCGAUGACUGAGGAGGCAGAAAUGAAGCCACUAUCGCAGGACGAGGUUGCUUUGCAGGCCCUCAUCCGCGAGAGUAAAGGUGAACAGGCAGAAUCCAAACGUUCAGACCUCGUCAUCACUACUCGGCCCAAAGAUAGGAACUCUUCUUCCGCCUACGAUGAAACCAAGUCGUUUCGUCGAGAUAUAGAGUCGCGUCCUGCCCCUGCGAGCUUAAGUGCCUAUAAUGCAGUGCCAGUUGAAGAGUUUGGAGCAGCAUUACUACGCGGUAUGGGAUGGAAAGAGGGCCAGCCUGUCGGUAGAGGAAACUACGGGAAUACCCCUAUCACGCCCCGUGUUCCUGAGAGAAGGGCAGGAUACCUUGGCGUCGGCGCAAAAGACAUCUCUGGGAAAGGAGGAGAUGCAGAGGUUGAAUUGGGUGCCUGGGGGAAGGCAGCGAUGCGAAAAGCAAAGAACGAAGGUGAAGGCUUAUAUACACCUGUGCUGAUGAAGAGCAAGAAGACCGGAGAGAUAAUUACCGAAGAGGAAUUUAAGGAGCUGUCCGAAAAGACAAAGGAGAAGAAUAGUCAGGAUGACUGGAGAGAGAGACGGGAUCGUCGUGGUCGGGAUACAGAUAGCGAUUGUGACCGUAAGAGACGACGGAAUUAUGAUGAAGAUGGCCGGCCAUCUCGAGAUCCUCGCCGUCGAAUCAAAGACAGCUCUCCGGAGGAUCGAUAUAGGGACAAGGACAAAGAUCGAGAUAGGAAUCGCAAGAGAUACCCUGACGACAGACCGGACCAUGAUAGUGACAGAGAAAAGGCUAGGAGCGGUAGCCGUCGUCAUCACGAACGGAAUAGGAAUAGGGAUAGGGACCGAGAUCGAGAUUGUGAAUCAAGACGUGGUAGGGACAGAGAAGAGGAGCGAAGUAGAGGCUACGAUCGUGACAGAGACGGAGACAGGGAUCGAGAUAGGGAUCGAGACAGACGGAGGGAUUACAAAAGGAGCAGAAGAUAG